GAGGCAUUUUCUUUGGUGACGUCGCAUAUACCGGCUGUUUGACUCGGAAACAGCGAGUACACAAAAUGACCGACAGUGACCUCAAAUAAGAUGUUGGAGAGCCGUCCUUUGUCUUCAUCUCUUCACUGAACAUCCGCAUUAAUGUAGAAAUAUCAAAUAACUAUUGUGAUAUUGUCAGCGCGCCAUCGAAACGUCGAGUGGGAAACGGUUUCUUGCCUAUCUGUCUAUCUUCCGCGCAUUCACAUUUGCUAACAUUACGUGAAUGAUGGAAAAUGCUGAAACAUCAGAUGAAAACGGAACGAAGCGUUAUACUAACGGUUUAACGAAUGGAUUUCACACGCCAGCGGCCGGUAACGAGGAUUGUGUUUCUUGCGGGUCUAACGGCGGGGGUCUCGGUGAUAACGUUAGUGACAGUAGCGGUAGCCAUAAUGGUAUUGAAAAUUUCCACCAUCUUCAUCAUCAGGAUUCACACAACAAUGGCUCGACUGCCAAGCGCUGCAGACUCAGAAGACGCUUGGACUCAGGGAGAAAAAAACGACCGCCCUUUCCAUGGUUUGGUAUGGACAUUGGAGGCACCCUUGUAAAGCUGGUUUACUUUGAGCCCAAGGACAUCACAGCCGAAGAAGAACAGGAGGAAGUCGAGAGCCUGAAGAGCAUCCGCCGCUACCUGACCUCCAACGUGGCCUACGGCAAUACGGGUAUCCGUGAUGUACACCUGGAGCUGAAGAACCUCACCAUGUGCGGCCGCAAAGGCAACCUGCACUUCAUCCGCUUUCCAACGCAAGAUAUGCACACCUUCAUCCAGAUGGGCAGAGACAAGAACUUCUCCAGCCUGCACACCACACUGUGCGCAACGGGUGGGGGCGCAUACAAGUUUGAGGAAGACUUUAGAACGGUGGCCGCUUUGGAGCUACAGAAGCUGGAUGAACUGGACUGUCUCAUUCACGGCUUGCUGUACGUUGACUCGGUUGGGUUUAACGGCCUUUCAGAGUGUUAUUUUUUCAAAAAUCCCUCUGACCCGGAAAACUGUGUCAAAAGUCCAUGUAGCCUGGAAAACCCUUUUCCUAUGUUGCUGGUAAACAUUGGAUCGGGGGUGAGCAUCCUUGCUGUCUAUUCCAAGGAUGAUUACAAGCGGGUCACGGGCACCAGUUUAGGAGGUGGUACUUUUCUCGGCCUUUGCUGCUUACUGACUGGCUGCGAGACGUUUGAGGAGGCUUUGGAGAUGGCAACUAAAGGAGACAGCACAAACGUGGACAAACUGGUGAAGGACAUUUAUGGUGGCGAUUACGAACGCUUUGGACUCCAGGGCUCUGCCGUUGCAUCCAGUUUCUGUCAUAUGAUGAGCAAGGAGAAACGUGACAGUAUAAGUAAAGAAGACCUGGCCAGGGCCACGCUUGUCACCAUCACUAACAACAUCGGCUCCAUCGCCCGCAUGUGUGCAGUGAAUGAGAAAAUCGAUAGAGUGGUUUUUGUUGGGAAUUUUCUUCGAAUAAACACAGUAUCUACUAAGCUGCUAGCCUAUGCCAUGGACUUCUGGUCUGAUGGACAACUGAAAGCCCUUUUCUUAGAACAUGAAGGUUAUUUUGGAGCUGUCGGUGCCUUCCUAGAGCUGCUGAAGAUGACUGAAGACUCCUGAGACACUGAGGACAUACCAACCUUCAAACCAGAAGCUGCUGUAAGAUUUCAGGAAAGCCUAUCCUCUACUAAAAAAGCCAUGUAAUAAUGAUCAAAUUCCUCUUCAAAGCGUCAACACCGCUGCCCUUCUAUUACCAAGCCAUUUCUGAUGGAAAGAGGUGUCAUGAGAACCGAUCAGUUUGUUUAACAGUGCAAUGAGCACAUCAAGCUAAAUGUGCCUCAUCACUGCUAUAAAUCCAGCAUAGCAUCGUCUUUUCCGACGCUGAUGAUUUAAGAGGAAGAUGAUUAAGGAAAUGAAAUGUAAUGUUCUUAUCCUCCGUCCACUCUUUAUUUGUUAGCGUUAAUUGUAACCAAUUAAACAGAUCUGAAGGUGCGAUUGAUGUCUAUUUGCGGUACAGUCUGCAGUUAAAAAUGAAAGUGUACAUAUUCCUACAAUCUUCUCCUCUAAAUUGGUUAAAUUUUUUAUUUGUAAUUUAUUUUAACUGUUAAUUCUGUGUCAUUAGAUUUAUUUAAAAAUAACGUCAUAGGAUAAGUCAUUUACAAAGAGCUUCUGCGCUCUAGUUGAGUAUUACUGGCCGUAUAUGUUCAUAAUUCUGUACUAACCAGCCUUUUCCAAAUGCCAAUUGAAUUUCAGUAGUUUUUACAUUGUCAAAGAUAAAUCAUAAAAGUUUUUAUUAUUAUUUUAAAAACAAACAUAUGAAUGAAAUGGACCUAUUUUUUUGUUGUUGGGCAUUUUAUGAUUGUUUGAUUGUUCAGGACAUAAGUAGUUCCCAGGAUGAUUUUACCUGGUCUGUGUAAUGAACAGAGAACAUGUGCAUCUGAACUGACACUAAAAUGUGCUUGGACCAAAUGGUUAGUGUUGACUGGAAAACAGUAUGAUCCUCAGAUUUCCUCGCUCACUACAUUAAGCUUUUUAUCUGUGAAAUUAAAUGAUAAACAUUUAGA